ACCACACCCCCACGGGUCUUCUUAGUGAUUGUAGGGUUCUGGUCAGUCCCGACCACAGAGACUGGGCGUUGAUGAAAUGCGUAAUACCGGAUAUGCGCUGGUCUUUGUCGGAGUUUUCAAAGGCGGAAGUGCUACUUUCUACAGUUUCCUUCCUGGUGGAGUUUAACUUUGACGCUUUUACAAUGUUGCCCAAACAAUGUCACACGCGACUCACUGGUUUUGCUUUCAGCCACAAUAAAAAGCGGUUCAGCUUCGGCCCCAAAACAGUCCGAGUGAGCUCUAGUAGACGUGAAUGGUCGAACAUUUCACCUGCCAAACAUAGUUGGACGGCAAGUUUGGGGAGUUCUUCAUCUGCCAUUAACCGAGGGAGGCGACAAGCUGGCCUCACACACGUGCACUUGUCCCAAAAAGAGCACAGUUCUGUCAGCACUGUCCAGUACGACGCGCCACCUGAUGUUCCUAAACUCCGGAAGCUGUUCUUCGACACUCAUGCGGUGGUGCGGAUCCUUGAAGAAAACGGUUUCACUCCUCAGCAAGCAGAAGCGUUAGUGAAGGAGCUCUUGAAGAUGACAAACUCCACCAUGGAGACCAUUUAUAGUGACAUGGUAACCAAAGUGCAGCAGGAGAUCACGAUACAACGUGUGAUGUCUCAAAUUGUAGCCUUAAAGAAGGACAUGAUCAUUCUCGAGAAGAGCGAGUUUUCUACGUUGCUGGCAGAAAAUGAGAAAUUGAAGAUCCAGCUAUGCCAGCUGAAGGUGCAACUCGCUGAUGUCAUGAAUAAAGUGCGCUCAGAAACUCUUUUGGACAUGAAUUUAGAGAAGAGCCGCGUGAAAGAACUGAAGGCAGACCACGAGAGGAAGCUUCUGGAAACACAGAGUGAAAUUAUGGAAAUGACCUCCGAGCAAGAUCGUCAUCUGAUUCAGACCAACAUGAAAAUAGACACCGAAGUGGCGGGUUUGAAAACCAUGCUGGAGUCACACAAGUUGGACACUAUCAAGUACCUUGCAGGUUCAGUGUUCACUUGUCUCACCGUGGUUUUGGGUUUCUAUCGUAUCUGGAUGUAAAACACACUCUGACGAAGUUCUGCAACUCCUCCGUAUUCACAGUCUGCAUAUUCGGAGACAAUUAGUCUCCGUUAUCGCUGACAAUAUUUUGAUGGACUGCAACAAACUUCUUCCAGCAUUUACAACCUACUCAAGAAAUGGAUGAAAGUGCCUCAAUGCAGUGGAAAAAUAUACAGUACAGUACUGUAUUUUGUUUUGUAAGACUAUAUGAUUGUUGUGCGUAUUUUUUGGUGGUUGAGAUGGACUUUCACUCUACUGAAUGUUCAUAUAUAUUUAAAUCGGAUCUUGUUUUAACUUAAUGACGAAUGUGUAAUAAAAUGA